CGCCACAUCACAGAUGGGGAGGUCAAGGCGAAGUGGCGUAUGCCCACUGGCAUCCUGGGAUCCUGCUGCAGCCCUCCAGCCACAGAUGUGGAAGGGGAUGCAGUUACAGUCCUCAUGCAUGCAAAGCAGGGACAGGGGAGGUACCUCAGCUUAGCUCUUGCACAGUCCCAAAAUGCACAGGCUCCCUGCUGCCCAAGGAUCUGCUUUCCACACAGCCAGGAGUGCCUUUCCCUACCACAGGCUCCCUGCCGCCCAAGGAUGUGCCUGAGACACAGCCGGGAGUGCCUCGCCCUCAAACAGGCUCCCUGCAGCCCAAGGAUGUGCCUGAGAUACAACCAACACAGCAGGGAGUGCCUUGCCCUCAAACAGGCCCCCUGCAGCCCUAGGAUCUGCCUGAGACACAGCCCGGAGUACUUUUCCCAAGCACAGACUCUGUGCAGCCCAAAGAGCUGCCUUCAACCCCGCCGGCAGUGCCUCCCCGUCACCUGCUCCUCCAGGUGCCACCUCCUCCCUGCUAGGUGCUCAAGGCCUCCCUCCAGGAUCCUGCCGCUGUUGUCCCCACUGCUCAGGCACACUGCAGAACCCCCUCUGUUACUCCCUCCCUUGGAGCCCAACUUCUAAGGCACUAAACACCCAAGAUUAACAGGCUUUUGUUGCUGAACUGGACAUAUACAUUGAGUCUUUUCUUAUGGUCAAAGGAGUUGAAUUCCUGUUGAUCAACGAAAGUGUUUGUCACCAGGGAGCUUGUCCUAUGAGUGACCUGUAUUUAUACUGCACCUGCCACGACACAGUGCCCUGGUGCCGUGGGGAUGCCAGGCAUGGAUGCAUUACACUCCCAACAGCCCCGACUUUAUCAAGGGCUGGGACACAUGAGGUCUUAGGCCAAAUUAUCCAUUUAA